UACUGUGCGGCUGUGCAUUCAGAAAUUAAUUUCGUUAAAGUGCCAAUUAUCGUAUCCUGAGCAAGUGCUUCGCGUAUCGCAGGAGCAGUAACAAAACAGAAAAACGAAAAUAACGCAUUAAACAGACAAUUACUUUGCUCACAAUGGCCGAUGAUCCAGUAAAUCAACAACAGUUUGCCGAAGAUGUGGCAGCACUUGCCGCUGCUGGUUCUGGUGAUAAUCUUGGUAAUCCGUAUGGCAAUCUUGGUGACCCUAAAGGCAAUUUUAAAAUGCCUAGUGUUGAUGAGGUUUGGAAAUUGAUCCAACAGAUGGAGGGUAUAAGCGACGAGGAAAAGGAAAAUUUAAAGGAGAAUCUUUACAAUCCACAAGAAGGCACAGCUGAGGAUUUUAUGCGCCGCUAUGCUGAGCCCGGCCCUGUGCACUCCUCCUGGGAUUAUAUGAUCUUCUUUGCAAUGAUUGCGCUUAUUUUGCUCGUUUUUGCGCUCUUCGGCUACAAACUAUACAAGUCGCUAAUGGAGAAGGAACUGAAAAAGCAAGAGAAAUUAAAAACCAAACAAGCCAAAAAGUUAAAAAAGACAAAUUAAAGUAGACAAUUUUAAUUCAUAUAUUUACACUAAAGUUACGAAUAUAACAUUCUAAACUGGAAUACGCCAAUUUUUCUUCACGACGAUGCUAAUUGCGUUGUAUCUUGAUGAUAUGUAGAUGAAAUCAAAUUUAUGUAUUGCAAUUAAGCGCAAUUAAUAUUUAAUACCGUAAGUUGUAGAGUGUUUUAAAAACUUAUAAUGCAAUAUCUAUACAAAAGCUCUAUACACCAAAUCAAAGGCAUAUGUACGUAAAUUUACGGAUACAUACAAAUAUAUAUAUACAAUUGAAGUUGGAUUUAGUUCAAUAAAUAUAUAAUAUAUACAAAUAAUCAAAAAGCGCACGUGAUGUAUGGUGUUCGCACCUGGUAGAAACGAGAAGAAAUAUAGACCGUAGAUAUUUACGAAUCGAGCAGCCCUUCGUUGUUUCUUUUUACUGCCAAACAUUGUAGUUUACAUAUGCAAUGCCAUUGAUUACUUUUAACAAGCCUUAAAACACCAAACAAUAAAUACUCGUCAGAAUGUAUUGCGUAAGUAAUAUCCAUAUAAAGGGUUUUUCAAUAAGAGCGGGUAGAUGUUGAAAUGGAAUUAAAUGGCGUUUGCUGUGUGGUACGUAGCGCCGUCCUGCUGGAACGACAUGUCGUCUAGGUCCAUAUGGUUCAAUAUGGGCCAUAAGAAAUUGGAAGGGCCACCACGUCUACCGAAAAAUGGGCGCAAUGCGCGCAACGUUUGCGUUAAUGAACACUUAUUUUGAUGCUGUUCAAUCGUGUAACUUGCCAU